AUGGAUCCUAUCAAGUAUAUCUUCGAGAAGCCUGCAGUAACUGGGAGAAUAACCCGAUGGAAAAUGUUGCUAACAGAAUACAACAUCCAAUAUGUCACACAAAAGGCCAUAAAAGGGAGUGUGUUAGCGGAUUAUCUCGCACAUCAGCCAAUAGAAGAUUAUCACCCUAUACAGUUUGACUUUCCUAACGAAGAUGUUAUGGUAAUAAGGGAUUGCGAGACCCCAGGUUCCGAUGAAGGACCUGAACCAGGAUCACGAUGGAAAUUGGUAUUUGGUGGUGCUUCAAACGCAACCGGACAUGGAAUCGGAGCCGUCAUAACCUCCCCAACAGGGUACCAUAUUCCUUUCACUGCUAGGUUAUGCUUCACAUGUACGAACAACAUGGCAGAGUAUGAGGCAUGCAUCCUAGGGAUUGGCGAAGCCAUCGACUUAAGAAUCAAGAUUCUAGAGGUAUAUGGAGAUUCAACUCUUAUCAUCAAUCAAAUCAAGGGAGAAUGGGGGGCUCAUAAUGCUAAGUUAAUCCAGUACUGA